CCCUCUGGUGAAGUAGAGGAGGGCAGUUCAGUGACUCUGAGCUGCAGCAGUGAUGCCAACCCAGCAGCUGAGUACACCUGGUUCAAGGUUGUUAGAGAUGGUUCCUUCAGGUACAUGAACCAUGGACCACAGCUCAUCUUUAAACCCAUCCGAUCUUCUGACAUUGGACAAUAUCGCUGUGACGCUCAGAAUGUCCUAAGGAAAAAAUCUGUCACCAAGUCUAUUGAUGUUAAAUACGCUCCAAAGACCCCCUCAGUGACCGUGAGUCCCUCUGGUGAAAUAGAGGAGGGCAGUUCAGUGACUCUGAGCUGCAGCAGUGAUGCCAACCCAGCAGCUGAGUACACCUGGUUCAAGGAACAUGAAGACUCAGUGAAAGCAUCAGGACAGAACUACUCCAUCACUAAUAUCACAUCUGAGCUUGGAGGAAACUAUUACUGCCAAGCACAUAAAGCAAUCGGAUAUCAUAACUCCACAUUUUUGAUAAUUAAAGUGACAUCAUCAUCAUCAUCAUCAUCAUCAUCAUCAUCAUCAUCAUCAUCCUCAUCAUCACAUCCAGCAAUGGUAGCUGUAACAACCAUUGUUGUCCUACUGGCUACCAUACUCCUCCUUGUCUUACUGUGGAUGAGCCACUACCAGGUCCUCUGUAUGAAAACGUUUCAGCUCUGACCAAUCGAUUGGCUCCUGCAGCACAGAGAGAACCAAUAGAAGAGCAGGAUGACCAU